AGUUUCAACCAGGAAAUUCCGCAAGAUUUUGAUGUUAUACGGUACAUUUGAAGAAUUUUUUUUCAGCGGAGUUGAAGUGUCGUCAGUUUUUACCCCGCACACUUUCAAGAUGUUGAAACAAUUACGUGAUCGCCCCCUGACAACUCUGACAAGAGAACACGACAGUAAUCUAAUUUUACGUUCUCUGUGAACGAAAUGAGUGGGUCCCCUUCAAAAUUCAUUGGAAAGUUCAAGAACCUUGUCACAGGCGCCAAAUAAAGUUGAAAUGCUUGAGGGUUUUUUGAAAAACCCUGUGUCAAAUCCAGCUGAUCAAAAUAGGAAAUUGCAAAACUUUUUGCACCUGGCUGCAUAAUUAUUGCACGAAUGAAGCAGCUGGGUUCAGGAAACUUGCGUAUGGUAAAUUAACUCUAUCGUCAAUUGCUAAUUGCAAAAAACAGUUGAAUUUUUUCUGCUUUGAUCGUGCCUGGAUCCUAAACGUAAGAGGCUGACUUCGAUUUAAAAGCAAAUGCAGUUCGUUUUCUUUUAGAUACAGUCAGGAAUAGUUCACUGUCAUAUCGAUCAAUUAAGCCUCGAAUAUACAAUGUUGGACUUUAUCAGCAUCCGAAAACAAUGAUUGAAAUGUGGUUUUUUAUCUUUGGAUGGUUAUUUACAGUCCUGACUGUUUUUGAAAACGUUUUUGUGAUGUACUUGAUCAUUACACGACCACAACUUCGUGUAACAUCAAACUGGUUCGUGCUGUCCCUCGCACUGGCUGAUUUCUGCGUCGGUUUAAGCUAUUUUCCCCUACUUUUCGUUUCAAGUUUCUUCCCGUCACAGCUACCCGUCGACCACACAGGAAAUUGGUUCAAAAUCAGCCAUACAUUUCUCUAUUCCUCGACGGCGAAUCUUUGCGUCUUGACAGCAGAUAGAUACCUAGCAGUGACGAUGCCUCUCAAGUACCUCUUACGCAUGACAAAUGAAAAGGUGAUUUAUCUGAUCUCUUUGGCGUGGAUUGCACCGUUAUUUCUUUUCACGUUACCUUCCAUAUUCGUUUAUUCUGGCGGGAAUGAGCUGCUCAUUUUUGGCUUCGAAAUGUUCAGAGUUUCGAUCUUCCAGCUUGUUCCGAGCAUUCUAUUUAUUUUUGUCAUCUGCCGUCUCUGUUUCAUAGCCCGAGACAUUUCGCGGAAAGAAGCGGCCCUCAUGGCUCAAAUCAGCUAUAAUUUUCAGCCGCAACAAAAUGCGACUAGAAAGAAAUGCAAGGAAAAAAAGGCCUCAGUAAAUAUGAUUAUAUUCAUUAUUGUGUUCUUCGUCCUUUGCCACAUCGGGGGAAAUUUUCGCUGUUUUUGUUACGUCUUCAAAACUUGCAUCGUUUCUGACGGUUUGGAAAGAGCCAUCCACAUCUUUUUUGUUAUGAACUCGGCCGUAAACCCAGUUGUUUACGCUGUCUUGAAGAAGGACAUAAAGAGGGAGCUGAUGAAAAUGUGUGCGAUGUGAUUGCAAACGAUUCUCAUGUUUGGGAUCGGAGAAAUUAAAAUUUUUUUAUAAAUCAUUAUACAACAUUGCGAAAAUCCAACAAAAUUAAUUGAAAACAUUUGAAAAGCCAGUGGAAAACCAUAUUUUGGUUUAGUAAAAAACGAUGUUUUUUUCUUACAACUUUUGGUUAAUUAAACAUGUGUUUGGUUUGGAAAAGUGAGCAAAAAAACGCGUCGCGGUUUAAAUUGCACGCGUUUUGUGAUGUAAAUAACUGUUUACUAUGACACCUGAAAUCAUGUACUAAAUAUAAUGUUAAUAUGAUCGUUGAUGUCAUUUUAGAAUGAACCUCCUGAUUGAAGAAUGAAAAUUGUUCCUGUAAUAUCUCCAAUUUUUGUGUUUAUGUCGGAAAGUAGUGCUUGUAGGAUAUUACACCGUGAAGCUAUCACGUGUUGUUAUUGUCAAGCAACCAGUGAAUAGGUAAAAAUUGCAGCUUAAGUUAGGCGUUUGUACAACAUCGAGAGAAUUAAUAACAAAAAUUGUAAUAACAAUGUAUAUAAUGAAUAAAAAGGCAUUCUUAAAAUGA